AUGGCCAGGCUGCUCGUGGGCGGGUACAGCGUGGCAGCCCUGUCGAUGCGGGUCAGGUACUCGGAGCUCUCGGAUCUCAGAUCCAUGACACUGUUCGUCGUCGACGACGACUCCAUCUUCACCGAAGGCGGCGCUGGAGGAGGAGGGGGCCGCGGGUACCUGGCGGGGCUAGGGUUCCACAUAGUGCCUAACAGGCUCCUGAAAGCGGAGCUAAUCGAGCAGCCGGUAGGAACAGCGAUUCUGACAAUGGAGCGUGGCCGGAACCUUGUGGUGACCAGCGCCGGCGACGGAGGGCCGCCUGGCGCCGACGAGGAUCAAUUAUGUGAAGGUGAGGAGCUUUGA